AUGCAGUCUUGGUCACAUCUCGGAGCUUCAGCACUGAUGCUCGCCAACAUGGUCUCAGGUCUAAGCAUUAAAGUUGACGCCAAGGCUGGAAAUUCUUGCGAGUAUACUGCGCCUUGGCAGACUCUUCCCGAGCUUCCACCUAUGCCCAAGGCCAACUUCGAGGGCACAGCACCGAUUGACGGCAUUGAUCUAUGGUACGCGACAUUCGGCGCGCCGCUCGAAGAGACUAAGGCUAAAGGCCUUAACCCUGUUGUUUUCCUCCAUGGUGGCUUUGCCAACAGUGAUUACUGGGCCAACCAGAUCAACCACUUCAAGGAUCACCAAUACACUUUGAUCACAAUCGAUUCUCGAGCUCAGGGUCGUUCGUCAGAUGAUAUUAGCCGCCCCUUAACCUAUGAUCUCAUGACCGAGGACGUCAUUGGCUUAAUGAAUCACCUUGGAAUUGAUAAGUUCUCAACUGUCGGUUGGUCUGACGGCGCAUGCAUUUCUUUCGACCUCGCCAUGAACUUCACCUCUCGCCUCGACCGCUCCUUUGCGUUCGGCGGUACUUACAGCCCCGAGAACAUCAACACUACUGCUGCAGAGAGUCCUGUGUUCUUGGAGUAUAUGGAGAGAGUUCAGGAGGAGUAUAAGAAGAACUCGCCAUCAAAGGGUUCGUUCCAUGACUUCGAGGAGAGAAUGAACACGAUGUGGGGGAGUCUGCCAGACUGGGAUGCAAAAUCCUUUGCCAAGAUUCCUACGCCAUACUCUGAUCCUAAUGCUCCCAUCAUGUGGAUUGUUGAUGGAGACUCUGAGGAGGCUGUCACUCGCUCUACUCCUGGCGAGAUUCAUAGCUGGAUCUGGGGUUCUGACCUCGUUAUCCUACCCGGAGUCAGCCACUUUGCGUAA